AUGGUUACCAAGGUGCUGACACCGUUGAACGGUGCUUCGGAAGACGACGACCCAACGGAAACGCUGCCCACGCUGGUCAAAAUGGCUUCGCACGUCACCUUUCGCUCCGUACUCAAGCAUUGGUUGGCCAUUCUCGACAGGCUCUCUCAGCUGGAGCUCAAUUCGGAAGAGAGGGAGGCCAAGGACGUGCAGACCGAAGAGGACAGCAAGCGAGAAGAGGAGGAGUCACAGGAGGAGCGAGAGAAGUCGACCAAGGCCAGCCUGAUCCUCAACUGGCUCGCCAAGAUGAUCGAACACUUCGGCGACGGCAUCCGGCGAGUGAUGUGCGUGGAAAUCGACGGCCUCACUCACUCUACAACCACGCUCAAGCGUCUGGCGGAGAGGAAGCGGAAAUGGGCAAAGCCUGAUGCGACUCGCGAGGGAGAACAACUGCAGCAAGAAGUCGAACCGAUCGACGUGGACAUCAGCGAAGACGUGAAGAUGACCACGCUGCUUCUGGAGACCGACUUCAUCCUGCCCUCGGAAAUCAGCAAGGGCAUGAACAGCUUCUAUUUUUCGCUCCUCGGCGAUGCCUUCUACAAGCGGAAGUUCGCCUUCUACUUCACCAAGAGCUACGUCUCGUUCAUAGACCAGAAGCUGGAGAACGCGCUCACGCCCAAGAAUGAGAAGGUGACCCGGCAGGCCAGGCGGGGCGACUCGGAGAAGUACGAGAACCUGCUCUCGCUCACCGUGCAGAUCUUCACCGUGCCCAACAUCGUGCCCGCGCUGGUGAGCGAGGGCAACCUGCUCGGCAUCCUCAUCGACAAGCUCCUGUCCGUGUUCAAGACCUACGUGUUCAAGAAGACGGCCAUGACUGGAUCAACCGCUGAAGAGGAGCCAAGAUACGCAUACGUACUGGACAGCGAUUCCGAAGUGCUGAAGAAGCGGGCCUACUGGCACCUCGUCUACGACCUGCGGAGCGUGCUACAGAUCAGAUCGGUGCCCAAGUGGCUGGUCUACACCGCAGCCGCCACGUCACCCUCCUCCCGGCUGCUGGAGAAGCUUGUUGAGGCCUGGGGUCUGCUGGCUGGCAUGGACCGUAACAAACGCGAGGCUCGCACGCACGUCGAGUUCGAGUCGGAGCAAUGGCUCGACGCCUUCACAAUGGAAAUGCAACUAACUCCGAUCAUCUACUCGCUGGGCCAGGGCCUGCUGGAUGUCGGCAGUAACAAUGGACAGGAGGGCGGCCAGUCUGUCGCAGACGUACACAGGGUGGUGUCCGCGUUCACGACCGCCCUCGAGGCCUGGUUCGCCGCCGAGCCCUCGUCAAGCCUCAAGGCAAGGGUCUGGGGCACGCCUGACGGCAGGACUGAGGAGACCCAGGUGCUCGAGUACGACAUCGCCACGCAGGGGGUGUCGCUGCACCUGCCUCUGCAUCGCGCCCUCGGCGGCGUACUUGCUGAGUCGUGCAAAGAGUGGGGAACCUCCGUGCUGGGCCUGCUCCCGGCGGAGGAGAGGAGAGACCGGCUUCUUCCCUUCGUAUCCGCCCUUUUGGAAGGCCCGCUUCGUGCUCAGGUGCUUGCGGCGCAGGUCCGGAGUAACCUCUGGGUGCGCAAUGGGCAAGCGAUGGCCCACAAGGUGUCGUUGCUUCACGAGAACGUGCAAACGUUCGAGCUGUUCGACUUCGACGUCGCGCUCAUGCAGAGCUGUGCCACCCUGUGCCACUCGAUCGCCUCCGCAGGCGUGCCCCACUACUACGACUUCUUCGUCACCACCAUCAUCCACCGGUUUGGCCUGCACGAUUUCUUCAACUGGAGCUCAUCCGGCGGCCAGGAAGGAGGCGACUCGAUCAUCGACCGGCUCUCGCACUUCUUCGAGCUGAAGAGGGGAAGGGCGGGGUCGCAUACAGCCACGGGAGAUGACGAAGGCGCAGCCGACGACGAGGCCCAGUUCGGGUGGAUGAACAAGGUCCCGCGCCAGCAGAAGCUGGCGCUCGCGGAGCAGUGCCUCCGGCUGCUCAUCAUCAUCGCCAACGAGCGAGGCGUCGUCGGGAGCUUUCCUUCCUCGAACGACGCCUUCCCGCGCCUCCGCGACCACGACGCCCUGCAUCGCCGCGAAGGGAGUGCGGAGGAGAGGGACAUCACCAACAUGGAGUACAUCAAGCGGGAGAUCAUUCACCGGCUCUGCAUAUCGCCGGCGACGCACAGCCAGGUGGUCAAGGCCCUGCCCAGUCGCUUCACCAAGGCCGAGGGCGACGAGAAGUCCUACCUCGGCGCCGUCGACGGAAUUCUUAAGGAGGUGGCAGUCUUCUACCGGCCAGAGGGCAAGAAGCAAGGCAUGUUCCGGCUCAAGGACGAUCUGUGGACGACGGCCUUUGAUCCCUACUUCCCCCACUACAGCAAGCAGAAGGUCGAGAAGGCCUACGAAAACUACAUCGAGCAGUUCAAAAACAAGAACCGCGGUUCGUCUCGGGCAGUUCCCAUCGCGUGCCCACGCUUCCGACCCAUCUCUGUGGCGUUUGAAAGCGGUGUGGCGGAGAUCCUGGCAUCGCCGUUCGUGUUCCGCAUCGUGUUCAGCGUCCUCUACCAGGUGGUCCAGCAAAAGCGUCAGUCAACCAAGCCCGCAACGUCUGCCGCGAGCGGUAACAAGUACGGCCAGACGUCGGAGGUGCUCUUCAACGAGUCCCUGCACCUCCUGCUGCUGGCCUUGCAAUGGCGCACCACCGCCGGCGGUGGUGCGCAUGGCCGCCAGCGCCAGGGCGAGGAGGUGGUCAUGGGCGAGGCCAGCGAGCACCGUCGACCGACCCCACGCGCCGUCGACAUGUUCGACCUGCAGUUCAGCGCCAGACCCGAGGACCUGGCCCUCAAUCUGUGCCGGCAGUUCGUGAUCGGUGGCCGGCCAGACGCGGACAAGGAAGAGAAGCAGGAAGAAACGAAGGAGAAAGGAAAGGAAAAAGAAAAGGAAAAGGGAGAGGAGGGCAUGGAGGUGGUGGUUGACAAGCCGGCCGAGCCCACCGUCAGCGACGAGCCCGAGAGCAUCCUCCGAUUCCUGGUCGAGCUGGCCGAGGAGGGAGAGGGCCUGUUUGACGAACAGCACGACGUGCUGCAGGCCAUUCUCGCCCUGGCCGAAAAGUGUGACGACAGCGGAGAGGCCACCCGCUUGCUCCAUGAAUUGAGAGCGAAAAUUGAAGAGCGAAAGCGGCGCAAGAAAGCGGCGCAAGAGCAAGGCGCUGCGCAGAAGGAUCGCGAAGAGGGACGCGAGGGUGAGAGCCUGCGGGAGAGGAAGAUGCGGGAGGCCAAGGAGCGGCAGAAGGCGAUCAUGGCCAAGUUCGCGGCGCAGCAAAAGAAGGCGAUGGAGCAUUUCGAGAAGGAGAGCGAGAAGGAGGGCAAGGAGGGCAAGGAGACCAAGGACAAGGGCAAGGAGAAGGACCGGGGCGACGCCGCGGCCCACGCCGAUGGGGACGCCGCGGCUGAGGGCGGUGACGUGUGCGUCUUCUGUCGCGAGGGCGACUCCGACGAGAACCCACUCUGCGUGAUGGCCUUCAUCCAGCGCACCAACCGCCUGGCGCACGCCGAGCGCCAAAGCGGGCGCGUGUGGACGAGGGAGCUGCGCAAGCGCUACUUUGGCGCGACCGACGAGGCCGAGGCCGCCCAGAGUCAGUCCAGCGGCAGCAAGGCGACCAAGCGCAAGGCAAAGGAGACCGACGAUGUCCAGGCGAGCGAGGACGCGCUGGAGGAGGUGCUGGAGAGCAUGGACGUGGAGGAUGAAGGCGUGGAGAACAUGGACGAAGAGGAGGAGGAGGAGGAGCACGCGGAGGCUAUCAGCUUGGACGACGCGCGACGACUGGCCGAAGCCGGUGAAGGCGACGAAGAUGAGGGCGAAGAGGACGACGACGAAGACGCGGAGGACUACGAUCAUGACGAAGACGAAGGUAGCGAGGAGGACGCCGAGGAGAUCUACUUCGGCGAGCUCGACAGGGUGGACGAGCUCAUCGCCGAGGCGGGCCUCGAGGAGGACGAAGACGAUGACGAAGAUGACUACGACGAAGACGACGAAGGCAACGAUCACGAGGUCAUCGCUCAGGAGCAGGUGCAAAAUGCGGUCAUGCAGCUGAUCGACGAGUACAAUCGGCAGAGGAACCACGCCGGCGAGGAGACCACUGUCGACGGCAGUGGCGUCGGCGAGGCGCCUGCCCAGCAGGCCGAAGAGGAACAACCUGCUGCGGCGUCGGCGUCAUCCUCAUCAUCAGCCGACACCAAGCCCGCCAAGGAGAAGAAGAAGACCGAGGCGCGGAAGCAGUUCUUUGCGCAGUGGUUCCGCGCCCUGCAGUUGUCAUCGGCAGAGGGAUCCGCGAGCAGUCUGCCCUCCCACGCGCACAGCACCUCCUGCGGUCAUUACAUGCACGCGUCGUGCCGACAUGAGUACUAUGUCACCCAGCUCAAGACCAUGCUCACCGAUCCCGUCUUCGUCCUCAUGUCGCCCCUGGACGUCGCCAAGGGCGAGUUCGCCUGUCCGCUGUGCCGCUCGGUGGGCAAUGCGCUGGUCCCAUUGGCCGCGCCGCCAUCAUCGCCUGCCCACUGCGAGCGCGUGGCAGUGCCGGAGCGUCGGCUGGAGCUGUUUACCGACCAUCGCAGCUUCGAUGCCUGGGUCGACAAGAACGUGCGCCAGGAGGCCACAUCGCCGGUCGAAGCCACGGCACCGCGCUCCGAGGACUCGUCAUCGUCGGCGCCGACCGACCGCAAGGCCUUCCGCGACACGAUGGCCGACUUUGUGUCGCGCGUCUACGGCGUCGCGAUGGAGCUGAGUCCGGAGAACGUCGCCUUGCCCGCGCCCUAUCUCACUCCCUUCGCCUACGCGCUCUUCCCGUCGCUGAUCGCUUCCGCCGAGCUGAUGCUCCGACCGUCGAUCCCGGCGCUCACCCUCUCCUCUACCGGCGGCGACCAGGCCUUCGCGCCCGACUACGCCGUGGACCGGUGGGAGGCCCUGCGGGGCGUAGUCGACGGGACCCACCGCCAGAAGGAGGCCGACUACAUGCGCACCGUCAUGACUUCCCUCUUCCGCCUCGAGGAGCUCAGCUCCAGCUCCAGCUCCAGCGCCGCUGCUGCCGGCGAUGCCCUGUUCGCCCUGCGGAAGCUCAUCUUCGGCGGAAUCCCGCCCGUCCAGGGCCAGGGCGAUGACGCCGCGGUCGCCGACCCACUGCGCAUACUGGGCGAGCUCAAGCGAGGCCCGGGCUCGGCCGACGAUGGUGACGAUGAGGAGGAAGACGAGAGCCGCAUGCAACCGUUCCUGUCGACCGACAUGUUCUCGCUCUUCGUGCCGGUGGUGCUCCUGGAACAGCGCAAGCGGCGCCAGACCGGUACUGAAGGCGGCGGCGGCGACGAGCUCGACAACCUGCUGCGGCUGCUGCUCGUCGGCACCGUGCUGCAGGCCCUCGUCACGAUCGUGCAGCAGAUCACGGGCGAUCAUCGGGGGACGAAAAACAGCGACAGCGCGGCGUCCAGCGGCAAGCAGGAUUCGCCGCUGGAGACGACCCUCAAAGGCGUCAUCGACGCGAUGAAGAAGGCGAUGAUCGCUUCGGCUCUGGCGCCGCCGUUGUCGCCGGCGUCGACAUCGGGCGGGGGUCUGUCCGCCAGCUUCUCGCCGGCCCUGUCGGCGCUCGGCCGUCUGGCCGAGGGGGUCGUCUUCAACGGCGCGCAGCUCGCGGGCGAGGUCAAGCGGCUCUGCCUGCCCUUCCUCUACCGCGCAGUCCUCUUCCAACACUUCUGCCUCACACGCCCACUCAACCUCAGCGGUAGGGAGGUGCGAGAGGAGGAGGAGGAGUUCGCGGCACUGCUCGCGGUGCUGGGGCUUCCCAGCUCGUUGGACGAUCUGCUGCUGUCGCCCCCGUCGGGAGGCGGUGCGCUCUCCCGGCUCAUCGCCGAGUGGCUCGACGACUUCUUCUCCUUCCACGCCGCACGGCAAAAGAGGGAUCUCGCCGACGCCGACGCGGACGAAGCGGGCAGCACGGUCCGCUUCCCGCUUCCUGCCGAGCCGCUGCUUGCUCCCGCCCUUCCCUACGAACUGGACCGAUCGGCGCUGCCCAACAUGUACCAGAACAUCCAGUACUUCAAGUCGGACGAGAAGCAGCGGUGCGGCGUCUGCGGUACGUCACCCCGGCAGCCGGCGCUCUGUCUUCUCUGCGGCGAGUUCCUGUGCUUCGCCUCUCGUUGCUGCGCCGGAGAGGAAGGCUCGGGCGAGUGCAACAUCCAUGCGCUCCGCUGCGGUGCGGGCGAGGGCAUGUUCCUCUUGCUCAAGGAGACCGCCGUGGUCAUGCUGCGCUACACCAUCACCGGGUACCAAGCACUGCGGGACUUGUGGCUGGGCCACCAGGUGCCCAACGUCAUCUCCAAGGAGCGGUCAGGGCAGGCCAACACCGCCUUCUCCCUCAUCCAGUGGCACCGCAUGUAG